AUGUCUGAGCAGAUGAGCAAGGUCGCGUGGCCGACGCUCUCCUUGGAUGUGCCGAACGUCUACUCGGCACCUGCUACUACCCUUGUGACGAAGGCAUCUGCCAUCACGGAUAAGGGUCAUCACCCACAGACUUAUGGCGUGGCACCUCCGGCAUACAGCAGUCCUGCUGAGUCUCCAGCCAGUCCCGAAGCUCCCGCAUACACUGCUCCCUCUUCUUCCUCAACCGCACAGGCACCUGUGGCCACAUCCAAGACCAUGGAAGCGUCAAUCUACAGCGCUCCAACCACCACAUCCAUCUCCUCCACCACCUACGCCGCCCCCGUGGCCUCAGCCUCCCCCUCAGCACCCACCUACUCCAGCACCUCCUCCUCCUCCUCCGGCUCCACCGGCCUCGGCAACAUCUACAAAAUGUACACCGGCACCGGCGAAGCCUCCUCCGGCUGGCCCUCCGAAUCAACCUGGAUCUCCUUCGACGCCGCCUGGACGUCGAACCUCGACAUCAUGGCCAAAUCCUGCACACAAUGGGGCGUACCCAACAACUCCGACGAGGAGAACGCCAACCUCAAAUCCGCCAUCCAAUCCGUCGCGGCCUCGAGUGGGGUUGAUGAGCGCUUCGUCCUCGCGAUCGUGAUGCAGGAGAGUAAUGGAUGUGUGCGCGCGCCGACGACGACGUAUAGUGUCAGCAACCCUGGGUUGAUGCAGAGUUUUAAGGGGACGGCGACGUGCAAUCCGGGCACUGCUACGGCGCCGCAGGGGCAGAGUCCGUGUCCAGCAGACUCGAUCACCCAAAUGAUCUCCCAAGGCACCAACGGCAGCAACCCCGGCGACAUGUCACUAGUCUACGCCCUCCAAAAAGCAGGCUGCGACGACGUUUCAAAGUACUACAAAGCGGCGCGCAUCUACAACUCCGGCUCCGUUGCCUCAGACGGUGACCUCGCCGGUGGGGUGGCGACGCACUGCUACGCGUCGAACGUCGCCAACCGACUCACUGGGUGGACGACUGCAACUUGUGGGUGUGAUCUCGAUUAA